AGCAGCCCUCGCUUUAUCCAACAAAUUCUACGCGUCUCUAGGUUGACCAGAAAAUUCAUUCUAAGCUGAAAUUUCAUUGGAAAACACACAAAUUUCUGAACCAAAUUUCUCUUGAAAAAUGUACGCAGCUCGCUGCGUCACACGUUCGCUGCCAGGUUGCACGUCCUACUUGCAGCAGAUGCUACGCCAAAAGCCCUUGGUGCGGGCCCACAAUUUUCGUUAUCUGAGCGGCAAGAAUGCAGGGAAACCACCGCCAGCUGCAGGGGGAGCUGCAGCAGUUGCUGUGGCGCCACCAACAGGCAUUAUCCUGAAGAUAAUCAAGGCACGGAUCAUGCCCGAACUUGGCUACGAUGAUCGCAACAUGCGACUCGGCCGCAGACUCUCUCCCGCUCUCAUGAUCUACAAGAUGCAGGUGACGUCGGUGCUGUCCAUUCUGCUGCGCAUGUCGGGCUUUGCCAUGACGCUGGGUGUCUGGGCUGUGGGUCUGACGGGCCUCUGCUCGAAACGCCACCUGAGCGAGUGGGCGGAGGAGUUGAAGAAGUGCGAAAUGAGUCGCAAUCUUGUCAGUGGCGCCAAGUUCGUGUUGAUCUUUCCCUUUGCUUAUCACGUAGUCGCCGGCACUCGCCAUUUGAUUUGGCAGCUGGACAUGUUCCUCACGAAGCCCGCGAUCUAUGCCACUGGCUAUGCCGCUGUUGUGUUGACAGUUUUGCUGGCUGCGGGCAUGACCGUGCUGAAGACUGGCGAAGAGAUCAAAAAGGAUGUUGUGGAUCUGACGCAGGCGGAAAAAAAGAAUAAGGAAGAGGCAAAGAAAAAGGAAAAGCAGAAGGCACAGGCCAAGAAGGCCAAGGAGGAGCCACCAAAGUAAAUCCUUUUCCCGAGUUACACAAAAAAUAAGCGGGAAAAUCGGGAAAGCAUUGCAAUGCUUUGGCUUUUGAGUUCAUUUUGGUGUUAUUAAAAUGUUGUAAAAGGCAACAAAAGUCAUGCUA